AUGCUCCCCUCCCCUUCCUCAAAAUCUCUCGAAUCAUGGCAAACCAUAGCCAAGCGCACCCAACAACACCGAGACGCCACUCUCGCCGCAGUCGAACCUCCCAUACCAGACCUCCCCGAACUACCCCUAGACUCCACGCCAGUCCCUAAGACCAUUCUCACUCCAGAGGAACUUUCCAUCACCGAAUCUGACCCCGUAGACCUCCUCUCGAAGCUCUCUUCCGGCAAUUUAUCCAGCGCAACCGUAACAAACGCGUUCCUUAGACGCGCCACCCUCGCCCAAAAACUUGUAAACUGCAUCACAGAACUAAUGCCCCAAGCUGCCCUCGAGCGCGCCGCAUAUCUCGAUGCAUACCUCAAAGAACACGGAAAGCCCAUCGGGCCACUCCACGGCCUUCCCAUCUCAAUAAAAGAAAUGAUCAAUGUAAAGGAUCACACAUGCAAUGCCGGUUUUAUCUCUUGGUCCGAUCGCAUCGCCACCUCGAAUGCACACAUCCUUGACAUCUUGCUAGCAGCAGGCUGUGUCCUCUAUGCACGUACGACACAGCCUCAGACCCUCAUGCACCUUGAAACCUCCUCGAACUACUUCGGCACUACACACAACCCGUUCAACAGGAACCUCACCAGCGGUGGCUCGUCUGGCGGCGAAGGCGCCCUGCUCGGCAUGCGCGGAAGCUGUCUAGGUAUCGGCACGGAUAUCGGGGGAAGUAUCAGAUCUCCAGCGGCGAACAACGGAUUAUGGGGAUUGAGGCCUACGAGUAAUCGACUGCCAAUGCAGGGAAUGACCGCGACGAUGUUGAGCGCAGAGCACAUCCUCGCCGUCAUCGGUCCACUUUCUACUUCCCUAGCCGGCGUCAAAGUAUUCAUGAAAACGCUCAUCGACGCUCAACCCUGGAUCCGAGAGCCCAGCCUGGUCCCUCUGCCGUGGAAAACGGAAUCACAAUUCCCCAUAAAAGGCGGGAACAAGACGCUUAAAAUCGGUGUGCUGACCGAUGAUGGAGUCGUGCGUCCACAUCCGCCCGUCCUCCGCGCGCUCACCUCUCUCGCCUCGAAACUUGCGUCCGUCCCAGGCGUGGAAGUCGUCCCCUUCACGCCUCUCAAGCACGACCUUGCCUGGUCCAUAAUCUCCUCCCUCUACUUCGCCGACGGCGGCGCAGAAGAGAAAGCCGCCAUCGCUGCGUCAGGCGAACCCUGGCGUCCCUUAUCCAAUUUCAUCCUCAAGGAAAAUCCUAACGUCAAAUCCCUCUCCAUUGCAGGGAUGUGGGACUUGACGGCGAAGCGGGACGCGUAUCGAGAGGAAUACGCGGCGCACUGGAGAGAAAGCGGGAUAGACGUCUUGUUCUGCCCUGUUGGGCCUGGUGCCGCGCCGCCGAUAGACUGCGCGAGAUACUGGGGAUACACUGCGCAGUGGAAUUUGCUGGAUUAUCCGGCGCUUAUAGCGCCGGUGAGUAAGGUGCUGGCUGACGAUGUUGUUGAUAAGGGGUAUGUGCCGAGGAAUGAGCAGGAUAGGUAUAACCAUGAGCUUUACUCUCCUGAGAAGUAUGUCAACGCGCCUGUGAGCGUGCAGGUGGUGGGAAGGAGAUAUGAGGAUGAGAAGGUGGUCGAGGCGAUGGAAUAUGUACAGGAGAAGCUGGGGCUGCCGUGGGCCAAGUACGUCUAA